UGUAAUUAACCUAAAAAAUAUAUGUCAUAGCUGAUAAAAUUAAAAUCAUAGAUAUACAUUCUUAUAAUUCUAUGAUUUUCACAAGUAUGUUAUAUAAAAAUUAGAAUUGCUUAAAGGUAAUAACUUAGGACUAAAUUUUAUAAACUCAUUUGAAAAAUUUGCUGCAGUUGGUUACGAGUAAAUACAUAUUAUUAGGCUUUAGCUUCAAUAUUAUUUUGAUAAUAAUUUUAUUUUUUCAAGAAUGCAUACAAUUAUUGAAAACUGAAUAUAAUAUAUUAAUUAUAAUGUAAGUUCUCAAAUAUAAAAUGUUAUUUAGAUAUCAAACUCACUUCUUUUCCAGUUUUUUUUUUAAAUAUUUAAGAGCUCCUCUGGAGUUGAAGAUUUAAUUGUAAUUUCAUCUACUCCUUUGCUCUUGAACUUCUCUAGAACUCGUUCAACUGCCCUAGAACAGCUAUUACAUGUCAUAUUCGUGUUAAAUUCAUAAAUUUCAGACAUUUUCAGAUAAAGUAAGUAAGAUUGUAUUAUUACAAUGCGGCUGCUUAUCAAACACUGAAUUUAACAAAAUGUUACAAGGUUAACAGCUAUAACAAAUGUUUUAAUAUUUUUACACAUCCGUCAUAGGUAAAUUCGUCUACUCCGUCCCUGCAACAUAUAUUUUUAUGCUCUUUUGGUCAAUGGAAGGUAAACCAUUGAAACCUAUGCCAAUAAGAGUAAAAAAUUUUAGAGUGUGAAGAGAAUUCAGAAAACACCUAUAAUUUUUGGGGUAAUAAAGAUUUAUCAAAACCCUGUGAUAAUCUGAAAGAACAUAUUUUUUUUAUUAGAAUAUCCAUUAUCGCUAUUAUCUCAUUAGUAUUCGAUUCGUUCUGCAAUCGAACACUAGUCAUUCAAUCAUCGUGGGAUCGAAUGAUUGUUCUUAUUGUUACUUUGACAAGUUAAAUGUAAAUUAUUUUUAAACUGUUUAUAAUAAUUGCAUAUAUUUUCGAAUAUGUCUAAAGCAAAAAACUCUCCUAGUUCAACUUCUCAAUCUCCUUCCGCUGUUGCCCAGAAAAUGUGGGUAAUGUCUAACAACGUAGAAGUUGUUAGUUCGGUUGAUGAAAUAUAUAGGUAUGAUAGAAAGCAACAACAGGAUAUAUUGGCUGCUAAACCGUGGGAAAAAGAUCCACAUUUUUUUAAAGAUAUCAAAAUUUCGGCAUUAGCUCUUUUGAAAAUGGUUAUGCAUGCAAGAUCGGGUGGUACUCUUGAGGUAAUGGGAUUAAUUUUGGGUAAAGUUGAUGGCAAUACAAUGUUCGUAAUGGAUUCUUUUGCAUUACCAGUAGAAGGUACAGAAACUCGAGUAAAUGCCCAAGCUCAAGCUUAUGAAUAUAUGAGUUCAUAUAUUGAAGCUGCAAAAUUAGUUGGCAGACAAGAAAAUGCAAUAGGGUGGUACCACAGCCAUCCUGGAUAUGGAUGUUGGUUAUCAGGAAUAGAUGUUAGCACACAAAUGUUGAAUCAAAACUUCCAAGAACCAUUUGUUGCUAUUGUAAUAGAUCCUGUGCGUACAAUUUCAGCUGGGAAAGUAUGUUUAGGUGCUUUUCGAACAUAUCCUAAGGGAUAUAAACCAGCCAAUGAAGAACCAUCUGAAUAUCAAACAAUUCCCUUAAACAAAAUCGAGGACUUCGGUGUUCAUUGUAAACAGUACUAUUCUUUAGAAGUAUCUUAUUUCAAAUCUGCUUUGGAUAGAAGAUUAUUAGAUUCGCUAUGGAAUAAAUAUUGGGUCAACACACUUAGUUCUUCUAGUUUACUUACUAAUGCUGAUUAUACAACGGGACAAAUUUUUGAUUUAUCUGAAAAAUUGGAACAAUCUGAAGCUGCAAUAGGAGGAGAAAAGAGAACUGAAGAUAAACUCUUGAAAGCAACCAAGGACAGCUGCAAGACAACCAUUGAAAUUAUUCACGGACUUAUGGCUCAAAUGGUGAAAGAUAGAUUGUUCAAUAGCGUUGCCCCAGCAAGUAGCAGUAAUACAGCAUCUCAAUGAAAAUUAGUCAAGUGAUAUAAAUGUCAAUAUUUAUAGAGAUUGGAGUGACUAACAGCUAGCUGUCGACUUAUCAUUAUAUGUAAUCACUAUCUAUACCUUCUUACCUUCCUCCUGAACUUUUCUUCUCUAAUUUUUCCAUAGUCAAUAUGCAUUACAUAUUAUGGUAAACAACAACUAGAUUUUAGUAUAUCCACAAAUAAACUCUUCAAUCACAGAUUUCACUAAAUAUUACUGUUUUUUAUGUUGUUUGGUUUCGAUGCUUGUAUGGUUGAUAAUGUAUAAAACUUAAUUUUCAAAAUAAAUUUUUUUUAUAA